CACCCGGCGGGCGGAACGGUCGCGGCGACGCGUCGCCUUUUCAACCCCGAAGUACGAUAGAAAUCCGCCAAGAUUUUCGACCGGCAGUACCACUCACCCUCCAAGGUGUUGAAGUUGGAGGACGACCCUUGGGGGUCGUGUGCGAUGUACUCGCCGGACAAGAUGAAGUCCGGCGGGGGCCUGAUGGCGCCGCCGGGCUGCUUCCCGGCGCGCUACAGCCCCACGUACCGCACUAGCGACCCGCGGCGCUGCGUCCCCAACCCAUCUAGUCGAAUACUGGAGGAUGCGUCGCUGAUGUGCAACUCAUGGUCUCCAAGGCACAAUGGUGACCUAUUCGGCGGGCUAAAUGACGGACUGCUAAGUCGGGCGGAGGCACUCGCGGUGGACAUCAGCAAGCAUCAGUCGGGACCACAGCCGGGCCCUCCACUGCCGCAGCUCAAGCACGACAUGGUCUACCACCACGGCGUCGGAGGCCCGCCCCCGCACAAUGCACGCCCGCAUCAGAUGGGCCACCACGGGAUGGAGGGGCUGGACAUGCUGGACCCGCUGUCUUCUUCGUCAAUGACCACGUUGGCGCCGAUGGGCGAGGCGGCGCCACCUCACCACCAACUGCACGGGUACGGGAUGAACCACGUCAUGAACCACCACCACGCGGGAGCCCUGGCGCACCCGCCCGCGCACCUCGCCCACCCCGCCGCCGCUCUACACCCCGACACUGACACAGAUCCAAGGGAACUAGAAGCGUUCGCCGAGCGCUUCAAACAGAGACGCAUCAAGCUUGGAGUGACACAAGCGGACGUAGGCAAGGCUCUAGCGAACCUCAAGCUGCCCGGCGUCGGCGCGCUUUCCCAAAGCACCAUCUGCCGCUUCGAAAGCCUAACUCUCAGCCAUAACAAUAUGAUCGCGCUCAAACCUAUACUACAGGCGUGGCUCGAAGAAGCCGAAGCGCAGGCCAAGAAUAAGCGGCGGGAUCCUGAUGCACCGAGCGUCCUCCCUGCCGGGGAGAAGAAGCGAAAGCGCACCUCCAUCGCGGCACCCGAGAAACGCAGCCUGGAAGCGUAUUUCGCAGUGCAGCCGCGCCCAUCUGGGGAAAAGAUAACCGCCAUCGCGGAGAAGCUGGACCUGAAGAAGAACGUAGUGCGCGUGUGGUUCUGCAACCAGCGGCAGAAGCAGAAGCGCAUGAAGUUCGCGGCGCAGCACUGACCGGCGGGCGGCGGCGCGGCGUUGCUGUACCCUGGCGGCUACGGGUACUAACGCCCCCGCCCCGCGCACGCCCCGCUACCACCGUCUCGUUUCGAUCUCGACCCUACGACACCCCUCUCGUCGAACCGCAACUAGACAUUAGUGUAGAUAUUGUAUAUGAUACCGAUUUUUCGUUUAUUCGUAUACACUGUACGAUGACUUCUUAUAUAUUUUUCGAGACACAGGGUAUAUAUUUGAUUAUAUACAUAUCAUUACAAUAAUGAAAGUCGCUUUAAUACGACCGCUUUCGUUUUGACGCGCCACGUUUUGAUGUUUCCGUGACAUCAAUGAUAUAAUACGAACUUACAUAAAAAUGAAGAUGACGAAAAAAAUGAAAUUCAGGAUUUUUAAAAGAAUGUGCCUUGCAAAUAUCAAUAUUCUGUGUUUAAUGUUAGUAACUUCAUCGCUGCGAGUCGCAGAGUCUCGGACACGGCCGUUGGUGUCCUCGAAAUACAUCGAAUACAAUAGGGUGUGAAUGUGAGCGGGCGGCGGGAAGCGGCGCGGCGAGCGAUCGGUGGUGGCGUCGGGCUGUUCCUGCUACGCCCCGUGCUGGUUGGGCCAGAUUCACCUAAUGGCAGUGCGCUGGCCGCUCUUACCAAUUUCAUAUUUUAUACUACAUGAGCGUGUCGUUGCAUGUGAUAUGGAACAGUGGGAAUAACCCGCCGCAGAGCGCGUGCCGACCUACGCCCCCUCCCUGCUCACACUAUAUCGUUUAAAUUAUAUUUAUUGAUAACAUUUGUUAGAAUUUCUGUUCUUGUAUUAUUGAAUUGUACAAAUAAAUAUAAGGUGAACCAUUUCGUUCAAUUUGUAGAUAGUUACUAUGUAGAUUUUUACCGAUUACGUUCGUUGGUUUGUUAGUUUUUUGAUACUUGAUUAUGAGAAUUUCACGAAUGGCACAAUUUUAGAUUAUAAGAAGUUAUUAGUGACAUUUAGCCAAAAUAGUGUUAAAGCUCAUUUGUAAAUAAACAUUUCGAUUUCAACUAGCGAUUAGUUCGAAAUACAUAAUAGUUACUAAAAUGAAAGGAAUUAGUACAAUGCUGAUGGACGUGCACAUAUAUACUAAGAAAAUGAUCACUGUGUUCAGACUACUACUGCUCUAAUAGUUUCUCUAAACAAUUGUCAACAUUUAUAAUCUCUAAGGAGUAAGCUGUACAUCUUUGUUCUAAAACUUGAACUCUAGAGGCCAAAUACAGGUUUGUGUGCUCGUAAGGUUUCGAGCAAUGUUCCUUCAGAUAUGUCGUCGUAAGUUGAGUAAAGUCGUGGAGUAUUUUCAUAUUCUAAAAUAGAAUUAUUCCAUGAGCGCAAUAAUUAAGUUACAAGUAAUCAAAUGUAAAACUUAUGAAGUGUCGGGCUCGGGAAAGUAAAAUUAUUUUUGAACAAAAAAGAGAUAUAAUUAUUCCUGUUAGCUUACCUUAUUUAGUCUUACGAGUUUUUGACUGGUUGAGUAAAUUUUUGAACCUAUUAAUUAAGGUAUAUUGCAUUGCACUAAAAAAUUGUUUAUACCAAAGAUAUCAUUUUAUUAACUAUCUGAUUUUCUGGAGUCUAUGCCCAAAAUUAUGUUAAUAACGCAUAACAAGAAGUUAUAUAAAGUUUCCCAGAUAUCUAUAGCCUCGCCUCUCGAACCGAGUGUAAUUAUUUCUAAUUAAGUUUCCUUUCAUUGAUUUUAACAUGAGUAUGAAUAAAACCCAUAAACCCUGCAGCUCAGACAUUU